ACAGGGUGGACAGCUCCGGUCUUCACUAGUGUUGGACAGCUACCAACCCAUUUUUUGUCGAUGUUACUCUAUUUAUUAUGUGAUUGAAGCGACGCCCAUCUGACGAAGCGACAAAACCAGCCAAUACCCCAAGGCCAACAGCAGGAGGACCCGCGAAGAUAAUCCGGCGGAAUCUAAUUCAUCCGACCUUCCCUGCAAAGCCCUCAUCAUGGCCACCUACUCCAAUCAGCACUGGCUGCUUUCGCACAUCCGCAACUCUUUCAUCUCCACGGAUGAGACUGGCAUCUGCGAGACGGUGAUGUUAAGUGAUGACAUGCCGAAGCACUAUUUGCGAAAAUUCGGGAAUGCGGGGGCUGGCGGUGACUUGCAGAGCCAGAGGCGGCGUGGCCAGAAGCCCCCACCGACAGCCACUCCCGAAAGAAACAUUCGCAACCCGGAUGCCCUUCUGCUGGACGUGGACUACAUCUGCUAUCCAGGAUUGGAUUUAAGCGACGAUGAGGAGGACAUGUCCACUCACUCGUUCGACAUACAGAUGUACCCGGAGGUGGGUGCCCAUCGAUUUCGCUCCAACACUGCCCAGAAACUCGAAAAACUAGACAUUGCCAAGCGGCGAGCAGCCCGCAUCAAGAGUAUCAACUACCAGGAGGAAGUGCAACCGCCAGACAGCGAAGAUUUCUUUCGUAGAAAGGAGGUGAAGUGCCCUGACGACAACAGGGCAAAGUCUGCUGAAAAACAAUCAAAAAGUGAUGAGGACGAUCUGUCGGACAACGGAGUGCAAAGCAAACUAACCGAGCAACUGGCCAAGACGCCCAAGCAGACCCAGAAUCGGUUCAUUGAGUUCGCGCGCUUCGACGGCACCUCGCAGGUGGGCUUGCAAACCAAACGCAUCAACGUGUAUCUGAAUAUGCUUCCCGAGCCGGAUCGCAACUAUCCUCUGAAGAUCUGCGUUAUUGCCAGUGCCAAAAUCCAGGAGGUGAUUGGAUUUGUUUGCUACAAGACCUCCAUUCAGUACCCGAAUGUUCCGUUGAAGUCCCUCCAACACUACGCCCUGUACAUGACGGAGGACAACGACGACAUGGAGGACUUUCCGCCCCUGGACAACCGCGAGCCCUGCUCCAAGUUCGGCUUCUCGCAUUUAACCCUGGCCGAACGCCGGGCACUGGCGCCAGUUACUAGAGUGGACUACCACGGCCAACUGGGUACCAAAUCCAUGACUUCCGAGGAGGACAAGGCUGCCCUGGCCGAGGCAGCUGUCAAGGCGUUACAGAACAUCAAUCUAAAUGGCGGAGCUGAUCCGGGAGGGGGAGGGAAGGGAAAGGGAAAAGGAAAAGGAGCAGCAACAGAAGAGAUCGACACCUUCCGUGAGUACGAGAAGCGCCUGUUGAAUCACAACGACAUGCUGGAGGCUCCGAUGCACCGCACCUUCCGCCUAAGCAUCAUCGACAAGAGGUUCUUCAAGUCGGACGUUACUUUGGGCAUCUCCGGGGAACGAAUAGAGAUCGACCAGUGCAAGAACGCAAAGUUUUGGCCACAAAAGAAGCCCGUCUCCACGCCCAUCGACUUGGUGGCCCACUGCGAGAUUGUGGAGAAACGCCAGCUAAAGGCUCUGCUUCGCAUCUGGCUGAAAUCCAACUCCUCGUCGCCCUCCUUCUCUUCCGGUUGCACUUCGGCGCCAAUUAACGCCAGUGUAACCACCCUGAACAUGGGCAGCGGGAGCGGCAGCGCCGGUAUCGCCCACUCACCCAGCAGCCCAGGACACUCGACGUCGGGCUUCUUUACCAACAGCAAUAUCCGGUUCAAGCACUACGACUUCGACACGGACACCCACACGGCGGAGCUGAUAUACAACAAGCUGAACUGCAUCCUGGAGAUGCGAUCGAGCGAUCUGCGGCGCGAGUUCCUACUCCAAAAGGAGCGAAAGCAGGAGAAGCGCCAACUGAAGUUGUAGUAUUUAUUCCUAUGGCGGCGGCUGCUGCUCGUGUGCCUAGCAGGCGGGCUGUCACUGCCACUGCCACGCCCCCGCCUAACCAAACAACCAACACGUCCGCCGGCGUCAGUGUGUCCUGUUUAAUAAGUUGUAUUAGUUGCUAACUAAAGAUUGUGUUACACAUGUUUGCCUAGCCUUUAAGUAUUUAUUAAACUCGCCCAUCAACAAAGCCUGGUCCUGAAAAUAAACAAAGUACGUUGCAAUCUGAAACAGUGCACUGAAAAAUC